AUGCUGUCUUGCCAGACUCUCAAAAGAGGUCUCAUCUUCGGAUUACUAGCCAUCGCAUCGAGAGUGGGGGCGAGCCAAAAACAUAAUUGCAACUGUUUUCCUGGCGACGAGUGCUGGCCCUCUGUCUCCACCUGGAAUGCCUUCAACGAAUCUAUCAGUGGGCGUCUCAUAAAAACAGUGCCUUUGGCAAUUCCGUGUCAUGCCCCAUACUAUGACGAAAACAAGUGCGAAAUUUUAAGAAAUGGCUGGAAUAAGACAUAUGAACAUUACCAAUCGUCUUCCUCCAUUAUGGCUCCAUUCUUUACCAAUGGGACUUGCGACCCAUUCCACCCGGUUUCAAAACCGUGUACAUUCGGGAAUCUUGUCCACUAUGCAGUGAACAUCUCGCAGCCUGAGCAUGUUUCAAUGGCAAUAAGAUUUGCCACGAAGCAUCACAUUCGCUUUAUCAUCCGUAAUACUGGCCAUGACUAUAACGGGAAAUCCACCGGAGCUGGCGCUUUGGCUGUUUGGAUGCACAACCUCAAAGACAUUGAGAUCAAAGAUUACAACGAUAAGCACUACCAAGGAAAAUCCGCCAAGCUCGGUGCAGGUGUUCAAGGCAUUGAAGCCUACCGUGCAGCGGAUGCCCAUGGUCUGCGAAUCCUCAGUGGAGCAUGCCCGAGCGUUGGUAUCGCCGGCGGAUACAGCCAGGGCGGUGGGCAUUCGAUGCUUAGUUCACGAUACGGCCUCGGAGCAGAUCAAGUCCUCGAGUGGGAAGUGAUUGAUGGCACAGGCAGGUUUCUCGUAGCUACCCGCGAACAGAACAGCGAUCUCUACUGGGCCUUAAGCGGCGGUGGCGGUGGAACUUAUGGCGUUGUAUGGUCGAUGACAUCUAAAGCGCACCAAGGGGGACCUGUCUCGGGCCUAAACUUGACUAUUUUGACUGAGAACAACUCAGACGACCUCAUCUACAAAGCUUUAGAGCUCUACAACUCUCAGCUACCCGCCAUUGUGGAUGAAGGUAUCAUGAGCAUGGGGUCUAUCUCGAACACGUCUUUCCAGAUUUCUCCCAUGACCGCUCCGGAUAUACCAGUCAAGAAGCUGGAAAUCAUCAUACAGCCAUUGCGUGAUGGAUUAGACAAACUGGGUGUCCGAUACACCUGGCACUCAGAGCAAUUUGAAUCCUAUCUUGAUGAGUUCGAUGCGAUGAUGCGAUCCGUUACAGUCGGCGUGGCACAGUAUGGAAGCUGGUUGAUCCCACGAUCGGUCGUACAGGAGAAGAACGAUGAUCUCACCGAUGCUAUUCGACAGGUCGUCAGCAACGGAGGCAAAAUUAGCCUUAAUGGCAUGUCCGUCUCCAAAAACGUCUCUGGUGAUGUUUACAAUGCCGUGCUUCCUGCAUGGCGGGAUGCUAUUACACACGCAUAUCUCAAGACGACGUGGAAAUUCAACAAACCCAAAGAGAUGCUUUCCAAUCAGAACAAAAUGACGCGGGAUUUUGUUCCUCGGUUGCAGAAAUUGGCCCCACAAUCAGGAGCCUAUCUGAAUGAAGCCGAUUUCCGCCAGCCGAACUGGAAGGCUGCAUUCUAUGGAGAAAACUAUAAGGCUUUGCGCCAAAUCAAAGCAAAGUACGAUCCUCACAGCAUCUUUUAUGGGGUGACUGCUGUUGGCUCUGAUGAGUGGAUUGUCUCGCCUAGUGGACGUAUGUGCAGAGCAUAG